GCAGACGGUGUCGAUGUUUGUCGUCGUUUCGAAGAGGGCUUGGGACUAGGACCACAUGCGUCUUCGAUGGCUCGCUUCCGGUCGUUGCCUUGGAUUUUCUUGGACGGCGUAGUAUGUGUUGUAGUUGGACUAUCUUGGCCUGUUCCUUGUUAGCCAUGCCUCUGUCGGCGCUUCGUAAAACAUACCCUGAUCCUCUGAGAUACGCCUCCCUUUGCCGUCUUCCUGGGCUCGAGAUUGGGCUCGAGUUUGGGCCAUGGCGACGCGAUAGAAGUUGGGGGGGGAGAUGGAUAGAUUUAGUAUGUACACGUGUAGCGACUGAACGUCGGGAAAGGAACAGGCAACAAUCCACGAUGACCAACCAUUACGCGCGCACCGCGAUCAUUUGAAGCGCCGCGCCAGAAUGCUGCGUGGAGAGAGACCAUCAGAGGUUAGAUUGUGAAA